AUGGCGGAGCAGGAGACAGAGCGUCUUAUACGGGUAAUUGGAAAUGAGUCUAUGGGAACGGGGAUGCCUCCAUGUCUCGCUGCCGUUUGUGCAGGAGCGUCAGACGACUGUUUCACUUUGCAGAGGAACAUGGCGACGAACUGUAGGUCUGUCCAGACUACAGGACACGUUCUGUACAGGUGUUCUGCUUACUUGCACCAAGCCAGCAGGAGGUUUUCAGAAAGCAGUGACAAAGGCUGGUUCCGCUCCUUAUUUGUGCACAAGGUGGACGCGAGGAAGGAUGCUCACUCCAACCUGCUGUCAAAGAAAGAGACCAGCAACCUGUAUAAAAUCCAAUUUCACAGCGUCAAACCCGAGUGCCUGGACGCCUACAACAACCUGGAGGCUGAAGUGCAAAACAGGCUCCAUCAGGAUCAGGACUUCCCAUGUGAAGUUGUCGGAAGCUGGAACACCUGGUAUGGAGAGCAGGAUCAAGCUGUGCAUCUGUGGCGAUAUAGAGGAGGCUACCCGGCCCUGACUGAAUGUCUGCAGAAACUAAGAGCCAACAAGGAGUACUUGGAGUUCCGGAAAGAGAGGGCAAAAAUGUUGGUCUCAAGGCGGAAUCAGCUUCUUCUGGAGUUUAGCUUUUGGAAUGAACCUUUACCAAGAAAAGGACCAAACCUCUACGAACUGCGCACCUACAAACUUAAGCCAGGUACCAUGAUUGAAUGGGGCAACCGCUGGGCGAGGGCAAUCAAACACAGACAAGAAAACGAUGAGGCAGUGGGCGGGUUCUUCUCCCAGAUUGGUGACCUGUACGUUGUUCAUCACUUGUGGGCCUAUGAAAGCCUUGAGUCCCGACAGGAGACCAGAAACUCUGCCUGGCAGAAAGCGGGCUGGGAUGUAAAUGUGCAUUACACAGUGCCUUUGGUGAAUAGCAUGGAAUCUAGAUUAAUGAUUCCCACCAAGAGUUCACCGUUACAGUGAAAUAUUGACCGCAACCUACAAGCAACUCAUCGGCCAGAACUCAACAUCCUCGUCCGCCCUGAGAGCUGAGUCGCCCGUAUUUGUGAAAUCUGCUGGAGGAUCUGUCUCACAUCAGUGUCUUACUUUCUUUUUGCACUCCAGUUGUUAAACAGUAAUGAUACAGUGGUGCGUUUUUCAGCGAUAUUUUAAAAUGUCUGUACUUCCAACUAGUAAAACAUUUGUAGGAAAAUGUGUUUUAAAAAGACGCCUGGGGCUCUGAUGUUUAAAGGGAAUAGAUUUUGACAUAGAAGACUAUGAAGUGUCAUUUUUUUCCCUGUUUUUUUUUCCCAAAGUCAAAUAUUAGCUUCCUGCUUCUCCUCAUUAUCAACACAUUUGACUGUUUGGAUGAUUGAGAUGUGCAGUCAGAUCUGCAAACCCUACCGUGUCAAACCUAAUACUUUCUAUUAUAAAGAUGCAAGUGUGACAAAACUUGACUUAUUUGCCAUUGUGAAAACUGAUACACUGAUAAUAAAAAUAUAAAUUCAGCAAUCUUUAAUGCAC